AAAGGACAGUCCUCAAGCAGAUGGUCAACCUAGUCAUCUGCAAACUUCAGUAUACUCAUAGUCUCUAAUGUUGGAGAGAGUAGGCACUUAAGUUAUAUAAAAAGCUAUAAAGAGAGAAAGAACAGCCGAUAGGGACAUUACGAGUAAGGAUAUCCAUAUAUAGAAGAGACUAAGAAAAAAGCAAUAAAUUUUGUUACCGAAAAAAAAGUCAUUAUUUGAAACAAAAGGAGACAAGGAAGCAGCAGAAAACAAAAAAAAAUAUUUUAAUUAUAAUUUCCUUCCGUUAUCAAGUUCCUCUCUCACUUUUCUGGAUAUAAAAAUAGUUAUUUUUUUUUUAUUCUGUGCUCGUGUUGGAAUAAGAAAAUUAUGAAUUCGGGUAUGAAUGGUGAUAAUGACACUAAUCAUAAGCUACAAUCGUUGGGUAAAAGUGUGUCGUGUGACAAUCUAAAAGCAAAUUCAUGCAUUGAACUCGCCGACAUACGUAAAUUGGACAGCCUCUUAAAUCAAUGUGAAUCAAUAAGUUGUGAUAAUUUAUUACUAUACGAUGACAUUUACAAUUAUGAUUUGUGUCAGACAAAUAGACGUAAAUAUGCGUCAACAUCGGCCAUUAAUAAAAUCCUACCAAAGAACUCGAUACGACGUCGUGCACAUAAAAAAGUUCUCGGCAUACGAGAAAGUGAUACAAAAAUUAUUAAAUUUCUUGACGAGAAACGUGGCAACAAUCAUGAUGAUUCUGUCGCAUAUGGAGAGUUGAUAAACUGUUGUGAUUCAAAUGUCGACAUCCAUGAUGAUAUAAUUGAUAAGGAUAGCGAAGCAAAUGAUGUGAAUAUUGUAACAUCAUCUCCAAAUCGUGUCAUUGAUGAUAAAGUCAAUGAGGGUAUUGAAAAUCUUCAUCAUUUAUCGUCAUCAACACCAACGCCUCCACAACUUUUAGCAUGUUAUGAUCCAAAUCUUCUUAUGCAUCGUUCACCGAUUAAUUGUUGUGAUAAAACUAUACAAACAUCUUAUAUUGAUCUUAAUAACCCUCAAGAUGAUGAUUAUGUAAAAUGUGUAUGUAGCAACAAUGAGACGUCGAUCUCGUCUUCAAGAUGUACACCAAACCAUUCACCGCAUAUAAAGCACGUUCAAAAUAGUAAUAAUAAUAUAAGCAGCGAGAGAAAAUAUUGUAAAGGAGCAAAAGAGCGAAGGAAACAAUGCUCAUGUCGAGAUUAUAAAAGUGUAAAUAGCGCAACAAUAUGUGAAACCUCUUUAUCGACAAUACCAAGUCAUAGUCAUAGUCAUAAAAAUAAUAUUAAUGCAUCGAAUAUAAAAUUAACUCCAAAACAACGACCUUCAACAAAAUCAACAUUAGCAGCAGCAUCAGCAUUGCUUCAAACUAGUCCAGCUAUAAAAUUGCCCAAAAAAUCGUUACUAUCUAAAAAGGAUAAAAGCGACGACAAGUCUUCAUCAUUUAAUAAUAAUAAUAAGUACAAUAGGUUAAUGAAACAAAAGAAUACAAUUCUUGACGACGAUGAGUGUUGUGGUGGCAACGGAACUAAUAAUAAUAAUAAUGAAAAUCGUGUAAUUAAUAUAAAUCAAUCAGUUGAAAUAAUCCCAAUAUCGACAAUGAACUCCUUAACAUAUUCACAGCCUGUAACACCACGUCUCGGUACCAGUACAAGUUUACAUCAUGAUGCUGAAAAAUCGGAAACGCAAAGCCAAAAAUCACAAAAAUCAAAGCGCUCAAAAUUCUCACCUUCCUUCAUAUCGCGAAAAUUGACGUCACGUCUCAACAGCAGUGAGCUUGAAGAUGGUGCUGGUGGCGCGAAAGAAUCGUUGCUUGGUGGAAGUCGUGGAAAAUCGAUUGAAAAGAAAUUACCCGAGCCUGUGGAGACUGGUCAAGAAAAAUGGUCCAGUGUACGAAUAACCGAAAAGAAAAAUUCUAUAAAAGUUGAAAAUCACAUUUCGAUACAUUCGAAUUUAAAUUUGAAUGGAUUAGAUACCGAUGCAGCGCUUAAACUUCAUAAAGGAAUUGGAAAGGAGGUGCUAUCAUUAGGAGCUGAUGUAUUACCAGAAUAUAAAUUACAAAGUCCUAUGGUCCACAAAUGGACAAUUCUACAUUAUUCGCCAUUCAAGGCUGUAUGGGAUUGGAUCAUUCUAAUACUUGUGAUGUACACUGCAAUUUUUACGCCAUAUGUGGCUGCAUUUCUUUUAAAUGAGCCCAAUCUUGAUAGUACUCGUAAACGAAAAGCGUCAUAUGCUGAAGACCCGAUUGUGAUAGUGGACUUGAUAGUUGAUGUAACGUUUGUGAUAGAUAUUCUUAUAAAUUUUCGUACAACGUUUGUGAAUGGUCAAGACGAAGUAGUUUCACAUCCCGGUCGAAUAGCAAUACAUUAUCUAACCGGAUGGUUUCUCAUAGACUUAGUUGCUGCUAUUCCAUUUGAUUUAUUACUUGUUGGAAGCGACACUGAUGAGACUACAACUCUGAUCGGAUUGUUGAAAACGGCACGUUUACUUCGACUCGUAAGAGUUGCUAGGAAAAUUGACAGAUAUUCAGAAUAUGGAGCUGCCGUACUGGUGCUUUUGAUGGCAACAUUUGCCCUUAUUGCUCAUUGGCUCGCUUGUAUUUGGUAUGCAAUCGGCAAUGCAGAACGUCCAAUGAUGGAGCCAAAAUAUGGUUGGCUUGAUGCAUUAGCUGAGGCUACACAUCAACCAUAUUAUCCAAAUAAUACAGGCGGUGGACCGAGUAUAAAGUCACGUUAUGUAACAGCCCUUUAUUUCACAUUUACGUCGUUAACGUCUGUCGGAUUUGGUAAUGUUGCACCAAAUACAGAUGCUGAGAAAAUUUUCACCAUUUGUGUUAUGUUAGUCGGAUCUCUCAUGUAUGCCAGUAUCUUCGGUAAUGUAUCGGCGAUUAUUCAACGACUAUACUCUGGCACAGCACGAUAUCAUACACAAAUGCUAAGAGUUCGCGAGUUCAUUAGAUUUCACCAGAUACCAAAUCCAUUACGACAACGAUUAGAGGAAUAUUUUCAACAUGCAUGGACGUACACGAAUGGCAUUGAUAUGAAUUCCGUGCUGAAGGGAUUUCCUGAAUGUCUGCAAGCUGACAUAUGUCUACAUUUAAAUCGUAAUCUACUAAGUAACUGUUCAGCAUUUGAUGGCGCCUCACCCGGUUGUUUACGAGCGCUUUCGUUAAAAUUUAAAACUACACACGCACCGCCAGGAGACACUUUAGUUCAUAAAGGAGACGUUCUUACUCAUUUAUAUUUUAUAGCACGUGGAUCGAUAGAGAUACUUAAGGAUGAUGUUGUGAUGGCAAUUCUAGGAAAAGACGAUAUCUUCGGUGAAAAUCCGUGCAUUUAUCCAACACUCGGAAAAUCAAAUAGCAAUGUUAGAGCUCUUACGUAUUGUGAUCUACAUAAAAUAUCUAGGGACGAUCUUUUAGACGUUUUAGAUUUAUUUCCCGAAUUCUAUGAUAGCUUUUGCAAUAGUUUGGAAAUUACAUUUAAUAUGCGUGAUGAUGAGCAAGCCGGUGUAGAAAUAAGACAUAGAUUUUUCAAUAUGAUGAGAUCAAAUUCACAAGAUCGAAAUAGUGAUACUAGGUCCAUCAAAGGUCCAACAACCAGCUUUCAUCCUCCACCCGUACAUCAUUAUCAUCGGCCACAUUCACAUCAUUCGCAAAGUGUGAAUAAGCACGAUGCCACCCAUGAUCGACACUCAGUGGGGCAAAUAAGUGAGAAUAUGGAAUAUGAUAACGAUAGGAAAUAUUCAAUAUCCGGAUUUGUAUCAAGUAUCAAGAGAAGCAUACCAGAUUUGAGAUCAAUAAAGCAUCAGCCACUUGAGAAUUGCAAUGUCACGCCAACGGGAAGUCCAAAGGGCUCAUAUAAACGAAGUAUCUCAGAAGACCAGCAACCGCGUGAUACGGUAACAUUAAGUGCUGUGAAUAAUCAAAUAUGUAGUUGUAGUGCUAAAGGAAAACUCAAAGAAGGAAGUAUAAAGAGCACAAGUAGUCCUGAGGAUGAUGGAUUUCAACAUGCUCCGACAUCAUGCUGUAAAUCUAGCGAUAAAGAUCUAAUAAAAAAUCAACUUGCUGAAAUGACAUCACGAAUAGAUAAUUUAGAAACAACUCUUCGCAAGGACAUCCAUUCGAUUCUAGAUCUGUUGCAUCAACAACAACAAAUUCAAUUACAAAUGCAUCAUCAGCAAAUGCAGCAGCAAGCUCAAUCGCAGACUCAUAUUUCUGGAAGACCAGCAGCAUCAUAUCAGCCGUCCGAACGAAGCGAUUUUUCUUUUGAUAAUUUAAGUACAACAACAGACAACAAUGUACAGUCAAAACAGCCUCAAUCUUUACCGCCUCCACAACAACCACACCAAUCCCAAGCGUCAAGGAAUGUGCAAAGAUCUGUUUCACAGCCGGAAUGCGCCAAUGAAAAGAGCUUAUUCAAAUGUUCGAAGUUCUCAUCAUUCAACCAGCCAAUGGAUGAUACGAAUGAGAAUUGGAAUAUUUUCGCACCCAUCGCCAAACUUGAAUCACUCGACGAAAUUGAUCAAGAAAACAAACAUUCCGAAACAGAAACUCCUGAGCAAGAAUAAGUUGAAUUUCCUUUAUUGAGAGUUUGUUUUAUUAUCCCCAAAUUUAUGUUCCUGAUGUAGCACAAAAAAAAGAGAGAUAAAUGAAUUAAAAUAAUGAGAAUUUUUAUGAAAAAAGACGUCCGUUAUUAUUCCUUGUUGUUAUUAACUUAUUUAUUGAUUUAAUUACAUUAAUAAUAUUUAAAUAAUAGAAUUAUUGAUGAUAUUCAAUCAUUGAGUAUUGUUAAACGAUGAAAAAUACAUUUUAUUGCGAUAAUAUCAAAAAAGAAAGCAAAUAUCCUGAAUAAACGAUUUGCUAUAACAAUUUUUCUAUUAAGGAAAAACUACAUUGCCAAAUAUGAGAAAAGAAUCUUAAUUAAAGUGAAAUAAAUUUCAUUUUUAAGUUUAACUUUCUUAAGUUUGCUUUAUUGUAUAUUACUAGAAAUUGAUUACGAAUCUUUAAAUGAUUAAAACUUUUGUUGGUAAAAGUUUUUGGGUGCUUUUGAAUUUUUCGAAUUCAAAUUGAGGAUCAACUUACGAAGUUGGUUUGUAAACUUUAGUGAAAUAUAAUUUUUCCCAAAAUGAUCUAGUCAAAGUUGAUUUUAAAAUAAAUUUCAAAUAAUUUCAAACAAUUUGAUCAUUUUUGAACAAUUUUGAACAAUUUGGAAUAAUUUUGUUCAAUUUUGAACAAUUUUGAUUAAUUUUGAACAAUUUUGAUUGAUUUUGAACAAUUUUGACCACUUUUUUGUUAUUGUUGAUCAGUUCCAUACUCUAGUUCUAGUGUAACUUUGCAUUAGAUCAUAUUUGAUCCGAGCAUCUAAAGCUUUUGAUCCAUAUGAAAUUAUUUGAACAACAAUUCGAAAAUCUUUAAGAAGAUUUCAAAAUCAAAAUCAAUCAAAUCAUAAAAAAAAUAAAAAUUUCAAUUCUGCAAAUUCAAACCUUUACUAAGCAACCCUCAACACUCACCAACAAAAAGUCAUAGUCAAGCUUAUUUAAAAACAGCAAAAAAAGUUAAAUUUUAAAUCAAUUGUAAGUGAAUAUCAAUUUUUUGGGGGCCACUCAAUUUAUAAAUUGUAAAUCUUAGUUAUUAAAAAAUUAUUCAUGCGCAAAUUAAUUAUAAUCAUCGUUUCCACGACAAUAUUUAAGAGAUUUAAAGUUUAAUUAAAAAAAUGCAAAAAAAAAAGUAAUAAAUUACAGUAGAUGAUGCAAUAAUUAAAAGAUGAGUUCAAUUAAAUAAAUUUCUUUUUCAACAACAAAAAUGCAAAUUCGGAAGAUUUAAAAAAAACCAAAAAAAUAUAAUUAAAAAAUAAGUUUAUACGUGAGUAGAUAAAGAAAAAUCAAAAAUCAAAGCAUUCAUUUAAUAAAAGAAUCUAAUAAAUUAUGAUAAUGUAAACUUAGAUAUUAUAUUGCAUAUAUAAAGUAAGCAAUGCAUGCUUUUUGCGUUAAAAAAGAAACUGACAUGACAUGAACUGGCAUUUAUAGCUACAGCGCGUUAAGCAUUAAAAAUGUUUUUUUUUAAAGUAAUGAAUGAAAAAAAUGAAAAAUCAAAUAAUAUUUAACUAUUAAGUCAUAAAGCCGCGAAAAAAUCUCAAAACAAUACAAAAAGAUUGAGGAAUCAUCCGACUAUACACACAAUGGUGACAAAAAAAAAUAAGGUGAAAAAAAUAUUCAGUAAGAGGCCUUUUAGAGAAUAAAUCACUCGUUUAAAAAAGAAAUUUUUUGAUAAAAAGAAGUUGAAACAAAAAAAAAUGUCAUUAAAAAAUUAUUGAAUGAAAAAAUGCCCUUAAGAAAUCAUGAUGCUUUACUUUCUUCCUAACGAAUAAAGCUUUGCUAUUACAAUAAACUUUUUGCUGUAAGAAGAAGAUAUUAAUGAAUUGUGGAUGAAUGACUUGAAUUUCUCACUGAGACAUGACGAAAGUUUGUUGAAUAUUAAAGUAGAAGUCUUCUUAAUGAUUCAUCACUUUUGAAGGGUAUUAAGAUCUCUAACUACUUAAAAAAGGUUCAUGAUGAAAUCGAUUUGCCAAUCUUCCUAGAAGUACUCAAAAUUUCAAGAAAUGCUUAAUAAUUCUUAACACUUAAGAAUUGACCAUCUUGAAUUCUUAGAUUUGAAUUUUGGGUUGAAAAAUCGAGGUUAACUUUACAAUUAGAUAUUGAAGGUUUAAUAUUUAUUAGCACUCAAGAUUAGUACCUCAACAGCUGAAUUAGUUGAAAAACAAGGCAUGAACACUGGAUGAAAAAGUUAUCGUGUUGAAGACAAACUUUUAUGUCAAAGUGAGAUUUUCAAGCCAUUUAUCCAUUAAUUGAUGAUGAUAACGAUUGACUUGAAGUUUAAGACAUCACUAGGAUAUUAAAAACCAGAGCUGAAAUGUAAGCAGCAUUGAAAAUUCAGUACUGAGUUCAUUUUAGUGUUGAAGUCCUGAUAAUUAUUCACAUUAUACAUCCACAACAUACAAUCAUACUCUCACAACAUGCUUUAAAGUUUAAAUAAGGGAAUCGAAGCAAAAAGUUGUCUUUACUUCACCAAAAAUGGGAAAACAAAAUUAAGUUAAGAAAAAAUUCAAAUUUUAAGCAACAAAAAAAAUUGCCUAGCUAGAGAAAAUGAGAAAUCUGCAUUGAAACUAUUCCAUAUCAAUUUGAAAUGAGAGAAAAAAAUUAAAAUAAUGAAUGAAAUAAGCAACAAAAAAUUCCUUUUCAAUGAUUUUUUCUUUUUUCAUCUUUUGUAAGAACUUUACACGAGAAUUAGCUCUAUUAGGAACGAUUGGAUCAUGACAAUGAGGAGAUUAGGAUUAGGAUUAUGAACUUUCAAUAUACAAUUAAUUAAAGUAGAAAUUUCCCAUUUUCUGUUUAUUUCAAAAUAAAUUUUGGUGAUGUCAAGGAAGUGGGGUCGAAGAUGGAGUAAGGAUGCUUUUCAUUCUUCAAAAUGAUAAAAAUUAGAUUCGCUAAGUAGAUUUUGUUUAACUAGGUCUUCAAAUUUUCAUAGAAAAUGAAUCAUUUAAUGAUUGAAUUUCUUUUCGCACAUAUUUGACACGAAAAUUUGAUUUUCAACUUCAACGGUUAAUUUAUUUUUAAAUUAUUCCAAGUUAAUUUCACAUUUUUGUAUGCAAUUAAAUUUUAAAUUAAGCAGUAAGUUGUUGUAAAUUGAAUUUUUUUCAAUCCUUUUGACAAUAUUAUGGUGACAAUGAGAUAGUUUUGAUAGCUAACUGCUGAUCACCAUAAUAGGUUGUCUUAAAUAAACGAAAUUAAAUCAAAAGACAACUUAAUGUUUAAGAUUGUUCAAGGAAUCUUGUUAAAAACUUAAUCAGGAAAACUUGAGUAUUUAUCAGCUUAAGGCGACAUUUCAAAAGCUUUAAAAAUAUCAACUUUGUAUUUAAAAUUAAUUUAAUUCUUUCGCGAUCUUCAAAAUUUCACAAAGUUUUCACCAUUUUUUUCAAUUUUUCGUAGAAUUUCUUUCAUAAAUUUAGACUCAACAAGUUAUGCUAAAUAUCCCAAUUGGUUGAUAUUAAAAAAUGCUUUAAUUAUCAUUCAACAAAUAUGCUUUAACUAGCUAAACUAUAUCAAUUAAAAAUCACCUUUACGAUUCUUUGCGUCUAUCAAGGAAAGCAAAUGAAGAUUAAUCAAUGAAUUUUGUUAUGUUUGAUUUAUAAUAAAUGAACUUUAAAAUAUUCAUUAAGCUCACGUUGCUUGAAUAAGUCAACAAAAAUCACGAAUAUUUUUAUGUGGAUGGUGGUUCUUUUUUGUGGAUUUGAUGACUGUUGUAAACUGAUUGUCAUGGUUAGAGUUUAGCAAUUCUCUAGAUUUAUUGAAAGAGAUUCUUCAGGAUUGUCUGUUAAAUAAUUCCAAAAUUAAAUAUCAUUCUUCAUAGUUCUUAAAGACAAUCCUAAGUUGUAAAUCUUCAUUAAGUUUGCUAGCUUCAUUGAUUCAGUCAAAUGUUGAUCUUAUCUAGAAUCUCGACAAGAUAUCUUCCUAGAAAGUGCAUUGAAGUUUAGUAAAAUCCUCAAAAUUUUCUAAACUCUUGAACUUUUGUUUACAAAACAUAAAAUAAUCAGGAAAUAACAUUAAAGAAACUAAGUUCAAAUAGUUAAAUUCCUUCUUUUGUUAAUAAAGCGGUUAAAAGAUUUCUGACCCAAGCUAAACAGCUCUGGAACAAAAAUUUACUCAACUUAAAAAAAGAUUCCACAGACAAUCAGCAGAAGUCAGACCCUUGAAUCUCUACCAUUAAUCCACAAACUCACUCAUCAAAAAGACAAGUAAUAAAGUUGUAUUAAAUCGACACGAAAAGAAUGAAGAAAUACUGAAUUAAAAAACUUUAGAAUCUAGAAACUCUCGUUAAGUACUUGUUAUUAAUUUAUUGCAUCCAUGCCUGAACAGAUGAAGCAUAACUCUAAGAUUUUUAACUAAGUAAAUCUUAUACAUAAAAAAAUAGUUAAACUGAAUGAUGAAUCUACACAUUAUCUCUAAGAUGUUUCCAUAAAUGAAUAAAAACUUUUUUUCUAUAUAAAAAUACUUCUGCUAUAAGACACAAACAUACACAGACACAAAAGAAUAAAAAAAUGGCGAAAAUAAAUAAUGUAAAAAAUGCUUAAAAAAGUUUUCGAAUAAAAAAAAAUUGCUUCAAUGACAAAAACUAUAAUGAGAAUGAGUUAAUACAUAAAUAUACACAUAAGUACACAAUUACACAGACACAAACUGACACAUGAUGAUACAAGCAUACGUUUUCAAGUCUUGUAAUGUUAAUUAUUGAGAUAAUAUCAAAGAGAAUAAUGAAUAUUAAAAAUGAAGAAUCAUAUGCUCAUUGUUGAUGAUGAAAAUUCACCUGUGGAGUGUUUGUUGAGGUUAUGUCUCUAAACUUUUCUGUUAAGAGGAGCCUUUUUCUUAAUAGACAGAGUUGAGGCUACACCUCAUCACAUUCCACAGUCCAAAUUCUACUAAAGUGAAAUAAAAGACGUUGUUAUAAUUAUUAUAAUUUUAAAAAAUGGUUCGAAAAAAGAAAAUAUUUAAGAGAAAUACAAUAAUUAAUUCAAUUAAAAAACACUUUUUCUCUCUCUGUUUAAAAAAAUUGAACUUUAAAAAAAUGAAGGAAAUAAAAAAAAGUUUAAAAUUGAUGCUUAUAAGUUAGAUUUGAACAAAACGGAUGAGAAGAAUUAAAAAAUCAAUGCAACAAGUAUAAGGAACUUAAAACUUAAUAAAUAUAUCAAGUUUUUUGACAAAACAAAAAGCACACGAAAUUUUUUUGUGAACAUUAAAAAGCCAAGCUUAAAAAAAAUUGAAAAAAUCGUAAAAAUCUUUUUUGUUUUCAUCCAAAAAAAAGAGUAAAUUUGUGAAAGAGAAACGAUAAAAACAAAUAAAAGACUUUUUAAUAUGAAAAAAGAAACGUUAUAAAAUUGUUUUAUUUUUUUCUUAAUUUUUAACAAGGCUCAUACAAUCGUGAUUAACUUCCAAAAUCCCCAAAAAUCAAGCUGGUUUCUGACAUGAUAUUAUGAAUUUCAAUAGAAUUCCCAUCGACUAAUUGAGGGAUUUCCAAUGGGAUUCAUGAUAUUAUUACAGGAAUCGCUAUUUUUUAGACAUUAAUCUCAAGUGUAUGUGCCUCACUUUUCAAACAAUUUCAGAGCCUCUACGUCUUUUCCUCAAAUACUAUUCCUCAUCGGAAUUGGUUGCCUUCACAUAUGUUGUCUUUUUCUUUCCCGCCAUUUUCUUCAAUAUCAUCAUUUUAUUAAAUCGAAUGCACAAAUCAUUACCAGAUGAUGGAUCCAAAAGAACUCUCACAGCUUUCGUUGCCAUGUUUGACUUGUCUUUAUCUGGUAUAAUAGUCGGAAUUUGUCUCAACAAAGAAUCUUCAAUGUUUUUCGCAAAUGGAUCCAGCAAUUGUGUAAAGAUUGGAAAAAUCUAAAGAAAAGGAAAUAAAUUAGAUAAUUUAACUGUAUAGUUGUGUUUUGUGAACAUGGCUGUCACACUCUUUAGGUCUGAAUCCCUUGCUUCCAUAGGAAGAGAAGAAAAGUAUAAGUUAUAUUAAGUUUUAUAUCUUACAACUAUUUUGGUUGUUGUUUUGCAAUGAUCAUCAAUCAAUUUUAAUACGGUUUCAAUUCCAUCACCCUGUGACAAGCAAUUCUGAGUCUAAAAAAACAAUUUUAUGAAUUUUAUCACAACACUGGAACUUUUGAAAACCUAAUCAAACAUUCUUACAAAAAUAAUCAAAACUAGCACCGUAAAAAUUUUCAGCAUUUUUUUG